AAUGGAACUCAGGUAUGUGGCCAUGCAAAGAUGGAAAACGGGUUAUAUGUAAUGCAGGACAAGCCUGUUAAAGCAGCCAGGUGGUUCAGGAUAAUUUACCAGUUCAUAAGGGGUGUGUACAUGAACUGCACAGAAAACUGGGCCACGCCAAUUUCUGUGUGCUUUCAGAGAUGCAAAAGGUGUGCAAGAACCUAAAAGUAAAUAGCUGUAACUGUUUCCUAGAUUGCAAUGUAUGUAAAAUGGCCAAAUCUAAGAGGAAGCCUGUGGCUUCUAAAAGUGACAGAGUAUCUAAAGAGGUUUUAGAACUUGUCCAUUGUGACGUGAUAGGCCCUUUUCCACAGAAGACUGAAGGGGCGCCAGAUAUGCUUUUCUGGUAAUAGAUGAUAAAUCACGUUUUAGUUGGUUGUUUUUGUUAAAGCAGAAAUCUGAGUGUUUCCCCACAUUCAGAGAAUGGGUUGCCCAAGCUGAAAAGCUCUUCGCUCGCCCUGUUGUGCAGUUGCAAACAGAUAGGGGCGGAGAAUUUCUGAACAAACAAUUUGGGGCAUGGUUGCCAUGUAAGGGGAUCACUCAUCGCUUGACUAACCCUUAUAGCCCUGCUGAAAAUG